GUUUGCACCCCUCCUCUCCUCCCACACCGACCCAGCACCUUAGAACAGCCAAAGAAUAGGUCCAUCCUGGGGAAGACCAGUAACACAGAGAGACAUGCAGCUGAAACCACUCAGAGGAAGGAGCCAACCCCUCGGCUGAUUGACAGUCAGUGUCCGUGAAGGGGAGCAGGAUCCUCGGCCGCCUUUUCACGUCUGUCUCCUCCCUCCCUAGUUCGGCCCAGGCUUCCUCACAUUUCAAGACAGUUCAGCACCAGAAGCAGGAAGCAGAAUGAGAGCGUCCAUGGAGGCACUGGGAUUCAAGGACGUGGCCGUGGUCUUCUCUGAGGAGGAGCUGGAGCUACUGGACCCUGCCCAGAAGAAGCUGCACCGAGAUGUGAUGGUGGAGAACUUCAGGAACGUGGUCUCCCUGGCUGUGCCGCCUUGGGACUCUGACCUUCCUUGGAAAGAGCCAGAGAAAGCCACCAAGUGUCAGGAAGCAGUGACAUUCACGGACGUGGCUGUGGUCUUCACCAAGGAGGAGCUCGGACUCCUGGACCCCGCCCAGAGAACCGUGUACCAAGACGUGAUGCAGGAGAACUUCAAGAACCUAGUCUCUGUGGGCCGUCAUCCCUUCAAAGCAGCGAUGUUGUUCCAGCUGGAAGCAGAAGACCAUCUUUGGAUGAUGGAGACAGACACCCAGAGAAGUGGCAAGAAUCCAAGUGUGAUGGAGAUGCUGCAAAAAGUUGCCUUGAAAUGCUUUCUACAUGAAGACCUAACCUGCUGGCAUAUCUGGGACCAAGUUGCGAGUGAACUGACCAGGAGCCAAGACUCCAUGAUACAUUUUCAAGGGAAGAGUUCCUAUUUGCUUCAAGGCGAGGUCCCUCAGGUCUCUGAAAACCAGGCUGUAAUGAAGAAGAAAGGAGAUCUCAACGAUUCUAUUGGUGAAGAGUUUUCAACUGUGAGAACGCAGAAUUUUUUGAGAAACUCAGAUCUGAGUGAGUCACAGAGUCAGAAUAGAAGUAAGGAAUUUAACAUAGAAAGUAGCCUGCGAAUCUGUGACCACAUCGUGAAGAGAACAGCACUUAGCAACCACAUUACAACUGGUGCCAAAUCGCAACCUGACAACUGUGGUAUUUGUGGUAAAAUCUUUAGAGAUAACCCCAGUCAGCAGUUACCUUCAGGGGGAAAGGGUGAUAUGCAUUGUAAGUGUGGGAAAGGCUUCAGGAAUAACUCAGUUCUUCCCAUUCAUCAAAGUGAUCACCCUGGAAUCAGGGGCUUCAGUCAGAGCGCGUGUCUUCAAACUCAACAGAAAAUUCACCUGAGCGGGAAACUGAGCGAAUGUCAUGAAUCUGAUCAGUGCUUCAGCAAGAGUCCUCUUAGCACUCACCCUCCGAAUCACACAGGAGAGAAAGCCUAUAGAUGUGACAGGUGUGGCAAAGGAUUCCGUAGCAGCACAGGUCUCCUCCUUCACUACAGAAUUCACACUGGAGAGAAACCUUUCCAAUGUGGGGAAUGUGGUAAAUACUUUAGUGAGAGUUCGACGUUUCACUCCCACCAGAGGGUCCACACCAAAGAAAAGCCAUACAAAUGUGAAGAAUGUGGUAAAUGCUUUGGCUGGCGUGUUAAUCUUCGUGUUCAUCAGAUGGUCCAUAGGGGUGAGAAACCCUAUAAAUGUGAGGAGUGUGGUAAGGGCUUCACUCAGGCCGCACAUUUUCACAUACACCAGAGGGUCCAUACUGGGGAGAAACCCUACAAAUGUGAUGUCUGUGGUAAGGAAUUCCGUCAUAAUUCAUCUUUAAUAUCCCAUCGGACUGUGCACACUGGAGAGAAGCCCUAUAAGUGUGAGACAUGUGGGAAAGGCUAUUCCCGCAAGAACGAACUCCACAUUCAUUAUAGAGGCCACACGGGAGAGAAACCCUAUAAAUGUGGGGCGUGUGGGAAAGGCUUCCGUCAGGCUUCAAAUCUUCAAGUUCAUCAGAACGUCCACACUGGAGAGAAACGCUUCAAAUGUGAUACGUGUGGUAAGGGUUUCAGUGAGUCCUCCAAACUUCAAAACCAUCAGAGAGUCCACACCGGGGAGAAACCUUACACAUGUGAUGCAUGUGGUAAGAGCUUCAGUGAUCGGUCAAACGUUAAACUACAUCAAGUAAUUCACACGGGAGAAAAACCGUAUAAAUGUGAGGAGUGCGGGAAGAGCUUUGCUUGGAAAGCGACUCUCCACAGUCAUCAGAGAGUCCACACGGGAGAGAAACCCUAUAAAUGUGACGAGUGCGGGAAAGGCUUUCGUCAGGGUUCAAAUCUUCGCGUCCACCUGAGUGUUCACACUGGAGAGAAACCGUUCAAAUGUGAUGUAUGUGGCAAGGGCUUCAUUCACCAUUCCCGGCUUAUACACCAUCAGAAAGUCCACACUGAGAAGAAUUUAGAUGUGUGAAGUAUGGCAGUGGCUUGGAUUAGAAUUUGCAUCUUCCAGUUUUCCAGUAAGCCCUAUAAAGUGACUGAGAGGGAGGAGUUUCUUCAGUUCCAGAAUCCUUAUAACACGUACUGUAAAAUGACGACUCAACCAUAUUGGGACUGGACCUCCUUUCAGAGAGGACUGUUUUGCACUCUCCAGAGUUUAUCCCCUGUGGAGUUUAUGCCCACUUAAGAGGACCCUAUAAGGCCAAGUAGAAGUGCUUUGUAGGGUUCCCUACGGUUUAAUCUCUAUGAAAACUUAGACUACCUCAUCUUUCUCCCAUGUAACAGCCCCGUGCUUGCCCCAUGAUACCACCAGGGCCCUUAGCUUCAGUGGAUUCAAUUCAUAUAAAUUAUUAUCUAUUAAUAUGAAUGUAUACAUAAAGAUGUGACAGGAUCUUUACCAAUAUGCUAUUUCUAGCAGCAUUUGGAAUAAUGUCCUUUUCUUUACUUACAUAUUAUACUUAAGUGACCAUAAUUUUUGCUAACGCUGUGAAGACUAUGAAAAAUGAAUAAAAUUACUGACUAUAAA